AUGCUUACCAAGGUAAUCGUAGCACAGGGAAAGCGGAUCGCAAUUGAAGAUUUUAAACCCGUGCGUGGUGCCGACUGCCAAGCAUCUGCAGAUGAAUCGACCCAGGGAAUCAGCGCUCAAAAGUCGACGGGUGGCGUUUCCCAUUGGGUCAACUUUUGGAUAGUCUCGAACCUGAUGCAUCUGAUCACUGGAAUUCUGGAGCAUGGAAGCCCGGAAAACAUGCCUGCUUUCUACAUUAUCUUUAAAAUGGUUGCAUUGGUGUAUCUUCCUCUUGCCGAAUCCGAUUUGUCCGGAAAGUUUCUCGAAUGCUGCGUGACGCCAUUCUUUAAACCGCUUGUGCCGGAAAUCGAUUCUGCCUUCAACGAUGUAAUGAAUGAACUCACCACAAAAUCAUCCAAGCUCUUCGACAUGGCCAAAACAAAAGCAUCUGCAAAAAGAGGGGCGCUUCCAAGGAAGCCAUCUCCCCCCGCUCCAUCUUCUAGCUAA